AACAUGGAGUAGUUGUAUUAUAAGAAAGUAUUCUGCCUCGAAUUUAAGAUAUUUUUUCAUUAAUAGAAGCUGUAGAACUGCGUAAGGGAAGGGUUUACACACUCAGUAAUCAGUCUUCAGCCUUUUCUUCUUCCUUAAAAAUCAUGGGUGGCGGAGAAGCAGACGAUCCGCAGAACUUGAGGCGGAUUGCGGCGGAAGCCUACGACUACGAUCACGACGCGCGGUGGGCGGAUUACUGGUCGAAUGUCCUCAUCCCGCCACACAUGUCCUCCCGCAACGACGUCGUUAAUCACUUCAAGCACAAGUUCUACCAGCGUUACAUCGAUCCUGAACUAACUGUGGAGCCAAUGGUUACUAACAGCUCAUCUCAGCCAGCAAAACCAUCUGUGCCGCCCCCACAAUCUUCAUCGUCUACUUCGACUACUAAUACACGCCAGCGGAGCUCAGGGUCCUCAAGUAGAACAACAUCAGGGGCAUCAGCAAAUCCACCUCCGAGUUCUAUGUCGAUGCGAUGGGAUCAACGAACCAUUCAAUUUUCCGUUAAUGCUUGGAUCCUCGUUGUGGCAGUUCUCGCAAUCUUUCCACUUGUGCCAAAAAAUCUCUCAAAUCGGGCAUACCGCCUUUCCUUGUUGGGGACUGUUUGUUCUUCUCUGUAUUCCUUGUAUUCAUCAUAUGGGAAACCUAGAGCAUGGAACGUGCAAGCUUUGCAAGUGUGGUUUCAGUCUGUGGUAGUCACGAAAGACUUUAUCUACUCAAUAUACUGCCUUUCUUUUAUCACUUCUAAUCUGUGCCUCAAAUUUGCAUUAAUUCCUAUACUGUGCCGUUCCCUUGAGCAUGUUGCGAAGUUCCUGAGGCGUAACUUUAGCAGAUCCACAUUGUACAGGAAGUACUUGGAACAGGGUUGUAUCUGGGUAGAGUCAAACACAACUACUCUUAACAUUGUGUCAUCACAAGCUGAGAUUGGAAUCGGGUUCCUUCUUGUUAUCUCUCUAUUAUCGCCGCAGCGCAAUAUCGUACAAGCAUUUAUGUACUGGCAGCUUUUGAAGCUCAUGUACAAUGCUCCUACUACUGGGAGUUACCAUCAAAGCGCAUGGGCGAAAAUCGGGCGGACUGUGAAUCCGUUAAUCCAAAGCUAUGCUCCAUUUUUGAACACUCCAAUUUCCGCCGUACAGAAAUGGUGGUUCAGGUGAAGAGCCAACAAAUUCUGUUAAUUUCCUUAAACUAAAAAACUUGUUAUUACGAGCAAGACAUUUUACUAAUCUGGUAUCAAGAAAACCAUUAGGAGUUAAUUAUUGUGGUUCUGAUAUUGUUUUUUUUUUUGGGAAUGCUGAAUUUUAGUAGAACUGAAUAUUGAUUGAGACAACAGGCAAGUGACAGACCACCGAUUUGUCAUUUUUUCCUGACCACUUUAAAUAAUAAAAAAAAUAAAAAUAAAAGGCAGAGUUGUGGGAAUCAAUCAGAUUCUCCCAAUUAAAUAACAGGUUGGUUUUUAUGCCACUUGUCAGUUGUUGAUUGCGAUUGCCAUUGCACCGUUGGUCCGUCUUGUAUCCAAACAGUUGUCAAUUUGCUCGAAAUUUCGACAUUUUCGAGUCUUACUUUCAAGUGCGUGUGCAAAAUCUUUUGGAAGAAAUACUUA